UUGAGGGGGUGGGGAAUGCAGCUAGGGGAUGGCAGUGCGUCUCCCCUCACCUGCCGUUGGGAACGCUGAAACCGUUGAUAUUCUGUCUGUGAGAACCUGACAGCUUUUCCUGUUGAUACUUUCCCCUUCCCUCACACUCCCAGCACCAUUGAAGCCCCAGAAAGGUAAUCUGAGCAGGGCCACCAUUGCUUCAGCAAAAACAGACAUCACUCUGAACUACCAGUGGCAGGUCUGAUCAGAGUGGACUUGCUCUGAAGCCACAGGUGAAACUCAUUAAGUCUGAACAACAGGGAGGAAAUUCUCCAGCAUUACAUUUUAGCUGGUCUGCCUGUUCCCUUCAGCAGGAAAACUGCUGUAUAAGUCCCCAGGAGCAGUCGCUUCUGAAAACAGAGUCCAGAGUGCCCCAGGGGAAAAUUGGCUGAAUCAAAGGGUAAUCAGGACACCACGGCUCCUCCUGAAGCGAUGGCUCAGCCCUACCCCCAGGCCCAGUAUCCCCCACCGCCACAGAACAGCAUCCCCACUGAGUAUGUGCCACCCCACCCUCACCCCACACAGGACUACUCGGGCCAGACCACAGUACCAGAACAUGCCAUGACCCUCUACACACCAGCACAGACCCACCCAGAGCAGCCAGGCACCGACGCCAGCACACAGCCCAUCACUGGGACACAGACAGUACCGCAAACAGAUGAAGCUGCACAGACAGACAGCCAACAGCUACAUUCCUCAGAGAACACAGACAAGCAGCAACCCAAGAGAUUACAUGUCUCCAACAUCCCCUUCCGGUUCAGGGAUCCUGAUCUACGGCAAAUGUUCGGGCAAUUCGGAAAAAUUUUAGACGUGGAGAUCAUUUUUAACGAACGGGGCUCCAAGGGAUUUGGGUUUGUAACUUUUGAAACUAGCACAGAUGCUGACCGAGCACGAGAGAAGCUGAAUGGGACAAUCGUAGAGGGACGGAAAAUAGAGGUAAAUAACGCCACAGCGCGGGUUAUGACCAACAAGAAGACCACGAAUCCCUACACAAAUGGCUGGAAGCUAAACCCCGUGGUGGGUGCUGUGUAUGGACCCGAAUUCUAUGCAGUGACAGGAUUCCCAUACCCCACAACAGGCACAGCAGUAGCAUACCGAGGGGCACACUUACGAGGUCGGGGACGGGCUGUCUAUAACACAUUCCGGGCUGCACCACCUCCUCCCCCCAUUCCAACAUAUGGCGCGGCACUGGAGCAAACGCUUGUUAAAAUGCCAGUCCCAUGGGCAGGGCUGGCACCAUGCCCCCUCCCUCCUCAGCAGACACCGGAGCCGGCCUACCCCACCUCUCCAGCGUUCCCACCACUUUCUUGUCCGUUUGCUUCCAGGGUCGUGUAUCAGGAUGGAUUUUAUGGCGCAGAGAUUUAUGGGGGCUAUGCAGCCUAUAGAUAUGCUCAGCCAGCAGCAACGGCAGCAGCUUACAGCGACAGUUAUGGCAGAGUCUAUGCGGCUGCUGACCCUUACCACCAUGCCAUUGGCCCUGCUGCAACCUAUAGCAUUGGAACUAUGGCUAGCCUCUGCCGAGGAGGGUACAGCCGCUUCACCCCCUACUAGCAAGAAACCCAGCCCCUAACAGCAUUCACACUGACUGCUUAUUCCAAACCAAACCAAACAAACUAGACACCAGGCAGAUCCUCCGGGAAGACAAACUGCCCCACCGGGUCAGGGACAUUCACCGCUGACCCUCCGCGACUCUAAAACCAUAGAUUUUUACCUCCAGUUGUUUCUCCCCGCCCCAUGGUGGUGUGUGUGUCUUUGUCCAUGACUGUACCUGUAUGUUUGUAACUAAUUUCCUGUAUUGAGUUUGUCGGUGUUGUUCCACUCCCAAACCAUCAAGGUAUGGUAUACAAACUGGGGGCCAUGGGAGGGGGGUAGUAGGGGAAGGGCAAGAAUCAAGAAGUUGAGCCUGGAGUCAGAAGACCCACCUUCCCCAUGACUCUGACCCCUCAACUCACAGCUACCCCCAAAGGGUUAAUAAAACUGGCCUUUUGCCCAGGCCAAUCCCCCUAAUUCCACCCUAUUCCAUCUUUACUCUUCCAUCAACAGGCUGAAGUUAGGGAAUCUUAGUGAAGAGAGUCAGGGCCACAGACCAUAUGCCAUUCUCCAGGUUCCACAGUUCAUUUAAUUCUC